CCACGAUGACUACCCUCCCAGAUGACACCCUCAGAAAGAUCCUACUUCAAAUCCAACAAACUGCGAUCCAGUCGCAACGCGCGCUGAACGUCAACCGUCAGCAGGUUGCAGCCAAGGAGCGCGAGCGGCGGAUAUUGCAGCUGACCACCGAGGAGAUAAAAGUUCUCGGGGAGGAUGUAAACCUCUAUAAAGGUGUCGGGAAGAUGUUCAUGCAGGUCCCUCGGCCAGUCAUGGACAAAGACCUUAAGGCAGAAGAGAAAGAGCUCGCAGACGACAUUAACAACCUCACUAAGAAAAAUAAAUACCUGGAGAAGCAGUUUAACGAUGCUCAGGCUCAAAUGCGUGAUAUUUUUAAUAGUGCACCUAAUCAAUAAUCUCUCUGCCAUAUCUUACCGCGACUGUCCCACUCACGUUCUCAAAGCUGCACCUUCGAGCUUUCCGCUGGGCAUUCUCCUAAGGCCAACGAAGUAUGCCGUCGUCCACCGGAUAGCUGCCAGCUGGUGCGCACUCUCGCCUGCUAUGCAUUACAUUCAGUCCGUCGCGAGUAAGUCAUCUGACGUCGAUAACCCUUUCGAUGCACAACCC